AUUUUGUCUUUGCCGCUUAGACCGUUUAUAACAUGAAAUAUGUUUCCCGAAAGCAGCGCCAGAGAGGACUAUCAACAAAAUGUUGCAUUUCUCUGUCAUGAAUUGCAUUGCAUAUUCCGUGAUCCGCCAUGAAGACUGAUGCUUGUUACCGGAAAAUUGUUUAGUUCGCAUUUUUCCAUUAUAUUUUUUGUUUGUUUGUUCCACGUAACAUUUACUACUUCACUCACUUUCUCUGUCUUCUAUGCCUGUUUUGAAGUUACUGCACUUCUGUUCGGAUUUCUGAAUGUGCGGCUUUACGGCGCUCCAGCCCUUCGCUCUCUGCCACCUUGCUCUCCUGACCUCUUUCGGCCGGCAGAUAUGGGCGGUGUGGGCGCUGGGCGUGAUGUGGGCGGCGGGGGCUAGGGCGGUCCCCCUACCCCACACUGGACUUCAGGGUGGAGCUCAGCAAGAAGCGGAUCCAACGCAGGCCUCCGUCGCCGGGCCUUCGGGACAGCGGCUCCCUCCCUCGGCCCUUGGGAAACCCGUGGAUGUGGUGCGGCUGGUCCACCCGACCCUGGCCCAGGGCGUGGCGUCUCUGGAGGAACUGGGCUUCUCCGGGCAGAGCCAAGGCCCUGAUCAGGUGGACCAUUUCGGCGUCGGCUCGACCCAGGGCCUCGGCGGCUUCGGCAGCGGCGAGUUCAGCGGCGCAGGAGGCUUCGGCAGCGGCGCAGGAGGCUUCGGCAGCGGCGAGUUCAGCGGCGCAGGAGGCUUCGGCAGCGGCGAGGUGUUCGGCGGCGGGGGUUUCCCGUCAAACGGCUUCCACAAUUUCGGAUUUAAUCAUCCCGGCUUCCACAAUGGCUUCGCUGGCAGCCUGGGCUUUGGUGAUCCCGGUUUUGCUAGCGGAGGAGCACCUGGCUUUGCGCGGGGCGGGGCGUUCGGCUUCCCACACUUUAGGGGAGGAAAUUUCAAUGGGUUUAACGCAGUCGGCUCUUUCGGCGGCUUCAGUGGUCGGCCCUUCUCACUGUCGACCGGCGGUUUCAACCCCGCCGUCGUGUCCCAGCCAACACGCGUCAUUGUGCAGACAGUGCCGGUGGUGGUCGACAUUGUAAACCGUACCCACGGUUCUCUGAUUCCGCACUCCCAGCAGCCGACUGCCUUCGUGGCGCCCCCUCCAGAGGCAAGGACCAGCUUUGGAGAAGGAUUUCUCAGUCCCGUAUUUGGGGGCUUUCAGCAGCAGGUCAAUAAUGUCGACCCUUUCGCAUUCCCUUCCUUCUUCGACUCCCAGCUGGAGGGAGCGGCUGGGCAAGGAAACCCAGAGAACUCUAGGCCCGGUGCAGGAGCAGACACAUCUCAAGGAAGUUCCUCAAACUCCAUGGCGGAUCUGAUCGGUAUGCCAGUAAGUGUGGUCGCUACAGUGAACCGCAAAGGAGCUGCCCUUGUAGACAGAAUCUCUGAACAAAAUGCCGUUCUGAGUGUUGGCCCUCAAAACCAGGCAGAUCAGUCACCACAAGAUCCUCCUUUGUCAGCAGAGGAUGCAGUUGCUGCCCUUGUCACUUCAGCUGAUGUUCUGGGUGAGGCGAGCGUCGACACCUCGGAUACAAUCUCUGCGUCGCCGGCCACAGCCUCACUGGAUCUACCAACCGAAUCGAUCUCACUGGGCCAGUCAGUCUCGGUCGCUUCUGCGGCACAAGAGUCUAGUUCCAAACCCAUAAAUGGCGAUGUCCCUCAAGACCAGCCAGGCGCCCUAGCCCCUGCAAGUGGAAGUGGAAAGUCUGUGGACGCUGCUGAGGGCUCACAUCUCAAAACGGUGAACGAAAGCAUAACUGAGGAAAUCCUGCCUAUCCCUGCUGCUCUGUCUACUUUUGCCGCCUUGGGAACCCCGCCCAUCUUCAGGGGGGAAACUAACAAAAACCUUCAGCCAUUAAUGAAGAAGCUGACAAGUAAAGGUGCCGCUACAGGAUCCCCGUCAGUAGAUUCUGGGACAAUAACUCCCCAGGUACAUCCAGAUAACUCCCACCUUGCAGCCUCCUCAGGGAAUAUAGGGCAAGUUUCAGGUCAAGUUCUGACCUCAGAACAAACUUUUCCUGCUCUAACAGAAUUCAAAGUUAUACCAAUGGGUGUGGUGACCUCUUCAGGUCACACAGGAGGUGCUGGUGUAGACACUAUUGCUUCAGCAGUGACAUCACCUGGCAUUAUUCAGGCAGAAGUUAGAUCUCUCCACAUAAACAACCCAACUUCUUCAUUGGCAGUAAGCGUACCAGAAAAAAUGAGCGUCACCCAAAUGCUGGCACAGCAAGUCAAGCAGGCUAUGUCAGGGUUGGAUACAUCACUUCAGGUGUUGCCUGUUGCUUCAGGUGGCCUCUCAGGUCCUGCAGUGGGAGAAACAGCCGUGCAGGAUCCUUCAGCUCCUGUAGUCAGAACUGGGGUUACUGAUGGCCAGGACACAUCGCUGAGUUCAGUUGGUGAGCAAACACACACUUCGACUAAUGCUGGAACAUCUCUGAGCCACAGUGCAGGACUCACACACCUUCCUGCAGCCCCUGGAGGAUCCGCUGAUACCUCUGUGCAAGGUCUCCUCGGUAAUGGUGACACUGCUGCGAUAGGGGUAUUGGGGUCUGCUGCAGUUGACUUGGCAAUGGCACGCGGAGAUCCCUCUGCUACAGUACAAGUUCAGGGGGCAUCCACUUCGACUGAUACCCAGGCUCCUCACACGCCAACCAGUGCCACAGUCAGUCAAACUAUUAGUGAUGUGACAUCGCAGGUGGCUUCUAAUCUGCCCCUCCAAGCUGCAGCAGGAAAUGCAUCUACAGACACUGGGCUAAAAAGUAUACGGGAACCUCCCCUCACAAAGCAAGGAAACACAUUGAAGAGAGAUUUGCCAUUAACAUCUGUCAGAACUUAAAUUCAACUUUUCUCUUGGGGACAUUUUCACAUUUUCUCUGACAAUCUUAGUGUUUAAAUAAAAUAUUUUCAAUCUCUGAUUUUCAGUGUUUUAACUUUAAAGAAGUGUUUGAAAAUAUGCAAUGUAUUUAGAAAGAAAAGAAAUAUAUCUUUGUCCUCUCGAUUCCUUGAUAUGUAGUUUGUAUGCAUGGUUGAAUAUCCUGUGAAUGUUGAUGUCUAUCACUUGUAUCUGUGUAUUUAUGCUUCAGCUAGGUAUUCUAAACUAUACAUUUUCCUAUCUGUAAUACAUCUAAGCAAUGCUUUCUUUUAAUUUAUUUA